AUGUUUCUCGCUUCUCCAACUCCCAUGCUUCAUUCUUUGGCUAAAGCAACAACUGAAUUUGUUGAAAAUCAUCCAGAUUUGCCUACUUCAAAUACAACUGAAACUUUGGCUGUUGUUAUACAGAUUUUCCAUCACAAUUUACAAAACAAAGAAUUUUAUGAACGUUUUUCUGAUCACGAUCGAGAUUUAUUAAUGCGUGUUAUGGUUGGGGCUGUUGUUCUUUAUGACCAUAUUGAUUCGAAUGGGGCUUUUACCAGACAAUCACCAAUUGAUAUACGUGGGGUUGUUGAUGUUAUUAAAUUACAUGGAAAUGAACAACAGAUAAAUCAAUUAAUGAAUGCUCUACGCUAUACUACAAAACAUUUGAAUGAUGCAGAUACCCCAAAAUCUAUUAAAGCCCAAUUUGUUUAA